GGCUUUCAGUGUUCUUCUCCUUACAAUGCACUAACAGCCACAUUGUCUUCUAUUACUACUCCCACAAGAUAUACACGGGCUGCCAAGCAUGAGUGUUGGCAACAAGCCAUGCAGGAAGAACUUCGGGCACUAGAGGAUAAUCAUACUGGGAUCUUGUGAAUUGUCCUCCCUCUAUGACACCACUUAGCUGCAAUUAGGUUUAUGCAAUCAAAGUUAAGCCUGAUGGCAGUUUGGAUCGCUACAAGGCUCGCUUAGUUGCUCUUGGGAAUCAUCAGGAGUAUGGUGUGAAUUAUAAGGAGACAUUUGUACCGAUUGCCAAGAUGAAAUUUUUUUUCUAAUUGUUCUUGCAAUUGCUACCUCUCAGACCUAUCUUUACAUCAGAUGGAUGUACAGAAUGCUUUUCUUCAUGAUGAUCUCAAGGAAGCUAUCUACAUGAAACCUCGUCCUGGUCUUCUAUCUUCUCCUACAGUUGUGUGCAAGCUUCGGAAGUCCUUGUAUAGAUUGAAGCAAGCACCUAGGGCGUGGUAUAAUAAGUUUUGCUCUACUUUACAGCAGUAUUUUUUCAGUAAGAGCAAGUAUGAUGCUUCCAUGUUUCUGCACAAGUUCUGCAGGCAUUGUCAUGCUCUUGGUGUAUGUGGAUGAUGUUGUUAUUACUGGUUUGACACUGACUUGAUUGCUAGCUUAAAGGCUCAUUUACAAGCUUUUUUUGCAUGAAAGAUCUUGGUCAUCACACGUAUUUCUUGGGCCUCGAGAUUCAGUAUACUCCUAGUGAUCUUUUUCUUAAUCAGCAUAAAUAUGCCACUGAUUUUGUGGCAUCUGAUGGAUAUAUUGAUAGCUCUACCAGUGACUCUCCUAUAGAGAUGAAUGCUAAGCUACGUAAGGAGGAUGGGAUGCUUCUUCCUAAUCUUUCUCUAUGUUGGACAUUAGUUUGGAGUCUUGUAUACCUUACUAUUACGCGCCCUGACUUAUCAUUUGCAAUCCAAUAAGUCAGCCAGUUCCUUCAAGCUCCUACUCAUCUUCACUUGAUCCCGGUCAAGAGAUUGAUUCGCUAUAUACUUGCAGGUUUACUACUAGUUGGUGUAUGUUUCUGGGCACUACUUUGAUUUCUUGGAAGAGUAAGAAACAGGAUCAGGUCUCCAAGUCUUCUACUGAAUCAGAAUACUGUGCAAUGUUCCAAGCUUGCUCUGAGAUUCUAUGGCUUCGUGAUAUACUUGACGAACUUGGUUUCUCUCAGCUCGAUCCCACACCAUUACAUGUUGAUCAUACGAGUGCAAUUCAUAUUACUACUAAUCCUGUAUUCCAUGAGCGUACCAAGUAUUUUGAAGUCAAUUGUCCCUUUAUUUGUGAUGCUUAUGAAGAUAAAGCUAUUUCUCUCCCACACAUCACUAGUGAUUUGCAAUUGGCUGACAUCUUCAGUUUCUUCACUAAAGCUCUUACUUCCAAGCGCCAUCGUUUCUUACUAGACAAAUUGAUGCUUCCAGAUUCCUCUGCAUCAAUUUGAGGGGAUGUCAAUUGGGCGUUAUUAUUUCUCAAAUACUGUGCUGAUUGAAUUUCCAUGUAUAGAGAAUAUGACUGAUCUAGUUUCUAUGUAUAGAGAGAAUGUGGCUGAUCUGGUUUCUAUCUAUAGCUGAUCAAGGAGGAAAAAGAAUGCAUCAAGUGGUGAAAACAUAGAGUCUGUUACUGUCAAGGGACCAGUGACGGGAAAAGGGCUCUGUACCAUUGCAACUAUUGUAACAAAGACAUCACAGGGAGAAUUCGUAUCAAGUGCGCUUUAUGUUCUGAUUUUGACUUAUGCAUAGAAUGUUUCUCAGUCGGAGCCGAGGUUCAUCCUCACAAAAGCAAUCACCCAUACAGGGUUAUGUUAUUCUAAGUUUCCAAGUCACACAAGUCUUCCAUACUAAAUAUUGCUGCAAUGCUACCCAAGGGAUGUAUCCCCUGGUAGUUCUUAUGAUUUUGCUACUAUCAUUGGAACAGGACAUCUUAUCAUUUCCUCUCAUCUGUCCGGAUUGGAAUGCUGAUGAAGAAAUGUUACUUUUGGAGGGAAUUGAGAUGUAUGGCAUGGGAAACUGGGCAGAAGUUGCUGAGCAUGUUGGGACAAAGACGAAGGAAGUGUGCAUUGAACAUUAUAGGAAUGCUUACCUAAACUCUCCUUGCUUCCCUCUACCGGAUAUGACACAUGUCGUUGGUAAAAAUAGAAAAGAACUGCUUGCUAUGGCUAAAGGGCACCUUGAGGAUAAAAAGGGUGAACUUCCAGUGAAGGAGGAAUCCCCAUUUUCCCCCUCAAGAGUCAAAAUUGAAGAUUCCUACAAAAAUGGUCCUUUAGGUCGGUUGCCUUCUGCUUCAAAUACAGGAACUACAGACAUUAAAAAUGCAUCCAACAUGGUCCAGGUCAAGGAUCAGCCUGAUUCUCUAAAACUGGAUGAUCAUCUAUCAGGCCGGAGUUUUGGCAGCAAGAAACCUAAAUCUGCGGACGAUGAGGGUCCUUCUUUGUUGGAGUUCAGUGGUUAUAACACAAAAAGACAAGAAUUUGAUCCUGAAUAUGAUAAUGAUGCUGAGCAGUUGCUGGCUGAUAUGGAAUUUAAGGAAACUGACACCCAAGAAGAGCGUGAGUUGAAGUUACGUGUGCUCCAUAUAUAUUCAAAGAGACUCGAUGAGAGGAAACGCAGGAAAGAUUUCAUUCUUGAAAGGAAUUUGCUCCAUCCUAGUCCCUUUGAGGAGGAAUUAUCUCAAGAAGAAAAGGAUUUAUGCCGACGAUAUGAUGUCUUCAUGCGUUUUCAUUCUAAGGAGGAGCAUGAAGAAUUACUUAAAACUGUUGUAUCAGAACAUAGGAUUCUAAAGAGAAUUCGUGAACUUAAGGAAGCACGAGCGGCUGGAUGUCGUUCCUCUGGUGAAGCUGAUAGAUAUCUUGAACACAAAAGGAGAAGGGAAGCUGAAGACAGUGGUCACAGAAAGGAAAGUUCUCAGGCUGGUCCAAGCAGUCAGGAAAGUCUCAAUGUGCCAGUUUCGUCAGAUUCACUUAAUACGUACUCAAAUACAACAUCUGUAGGCCAUGCUAAUUCAUCGUCGCUCACUGAUUUGGAUUUUGUCCCAUUAUCUGGAGCAGAUUUACUUUCUGAAUCUGAGAAACAACUGUGCCGUGAGAUCAGGUUACCGGCCCCUCAUUAUCUCAGAAUGAUGGAGUUCAUGACAAUACAAAUGAUGAGCGGCAAUAUUAAUCAGAAAUCCGAUGCCUAUUCCUUCUUCCAAAUCGAACCUACAAAAAUAGAUAGAGUUUAUGAUAUGCUUUUGAAGAAGGGAAUGGUUCAACAAUAAGACUUCUUGUCAACUCCAAAUGUGUCAUCCAUUAAAAUUUUUGGUGACAUCCAUUUGGCCCCCGUUACAUGUAUUAUUAACCAGCUGAAAAAUCAACUUCAUAUUAUUACUCUUGAUGGGGGUGGUGCAGAGUGGAUUUCUUUUCUACCCCUAUACAAUGAAAUGCUAAGAAUAGUAUUUAAAGCUUGUCUGUAUCAGGAUGUAUUGAUAAUAUGAUUUACCUUCAUGAAUCGCGAUCCUGUGAUAAUUGACGAUUUGAUAUGCUGUGAGUAAAAGCACUUUUGGCCGACGUUUAA